AUGGAAGUAGAUGGCAUUCCAUAUGGGUAUUCUCUCAAAGGCCUAAAAUUCUUGAACCCUGGUGGCCUAGGGGUUGAAAUUGCAGGAAUGUCUGCUACGCUUGACAUAAUAGGCAUUGUUGUCGAAUUAUGCAAAGCCAUGGAUCCAGAUGUUGAACCACUAACAAAUGAAUCAACACCGGCAAAUGAAGUUGUGAAUGAAGAAAAUGUUGAGAGCAGUGACAUUGUUAUUCAAAAGUCCAAGAGGAAGAAAACUUCUCUAGUUUGGGAUCACUUCAAAAAAGUGGAAUUAAAGAAUGGAAAAAAAUGGCAAUGUAUACACUGUAAAAACAAUUAUUCUGUUGUUGCUAGUGGAUCAACCAGUCAUUUGAUGAGGCAUUUAAAACAAACAUGUCAUGUUUACAAGAAGCUAGUAGCACAACAACAAAAAUUAAACUUUCAGCCAGCAAAAAGCAAGAUUGAUGAGAAGCUUUCUGGACCACUACUAAUGAAUUCAAGAGGUAAAUAUGACCAUGAAAGACAACGAGAAACCACCGCACAUUGGAUUAUGAUGCAUGAAAAUGCAUUUAGUAUUGUUGGGGAAGAAGGUUUUCAUUUUAUAAUGAAGUGUUCUAAUAUUUCAUAUGAGAAAAUUAGUCGGAAGACAUUGAAGAAUGAUUGUAUUGCUGUUUAUGAAGCUGAAAGAAAAAAGUUGAAGUCUACUUUAAGGACAAUAAAUAAGAUUUGUUUGACUACUGAUUUAUGGAAGUCACAAAAUCAGAAGAUAGAAUACAUGGUGUUAACUGGCCAUUUCAUUGAUGCUGACUGGGUUUUGCAUAAACGCAUUCUUAGUUUUGUUCAUGUUCCCCCUCCUCGGCGUGGUGUUUAUAUUGCUGAUGCUAUCUUCAAAUGUCUUAAAGAUUGGGGUAUUGAAAAUAAAAUAUUUAGUGUGUCAGUGGAUAAUGCACAUUACAACGAUGGAUGUUUGAAAGAGUUAAAAGUUCUGAUUUUAAGGCACCGGAAAUUAGUGUUAGAUGGAAAGUUAUUUCAUGUGCGUUGUUGUGCGCAUAUACUAAAUUUGCUUGUUCAAGAUGGUAUUGGGAAAAUAGCAAAAAUAGUUGAAGACGUGCGUGAAAGUGUGAAGUUCAUCAAUCAGUCUGAAGCAAGGUUGCAAACAUUCUCACAAAUAGUUCAACAACUAAAGCUUGGUGGUAAAAAAUUAAUUCUUGAUUGCCCUACUCGUUGGAACUCCACCUAUCAAAUGUUGUCAGUUGCAAUGCAGUUCAAAGAAGUCUUCCCUCAUUUUCAAGAUCGAGAACCAAGCUAUACAACUCUUCCAGAUGAUGAUGAUUGGGAAAAGGUUGAAAAAGUUUCCAAGUUGCUAGAGGUAUUUAAUGUUGUUAUAAAUAUUAUUUCAGGUAGUGAAUAUCCAACUGCUAACUUAUAUCUUGCUGAGGUGGAGCAAGUGCAAACAAAAAUUACAUUACUCCCUUGA